AUGUCAUCCAACGCUCUUUCUUCCACUGAGGCCCCAAUCUCGGACAAGCGCAACAUUGCCAUUGCUGAGAUUGUCAUCUUUUCUCUUAUUCACAUUAUUCAAUUGACACUCCGAUAUAUGCAAGAGUGGCGAUACUGGCAUCACAAGAAAAGGCAGAGCAUAGCACGAUGCCUCCUUUACUCCUGGUUCAGCAUGGUUGGAAUAUUUCCCCAGAUUCGGAUUGCUAGCUCCGCGAUGAUACUCUCGACUUCAAGCCCGACCAAGUCAAUGUUCACCGCGGAGUCGUCCAUGCAAAGCGUAGGCCUCUCGCCGCUGAUGUUCGAAGUCAGCCUUGUCCUGCUGCGAUGUGGCGAGGCUGCUGAAUAUGGACCAGGAAAGUCCAAAUAUCCCAAGUCACUGCGUAUUAUGAUGCAUGGCUUCCGGUUUCCAGUCGCAGUCGCUAUCGUUCUAGGGGUGGUGGGCGGAAUCAUUGAAAUGCCCGCACUUGGAAAAGCCGGUUCCAUCGUUCUCAUCGUCGUGUUUGUCUUCGUCUGUGGCUUGGUUUCUUGGCUUGCGGUCAAGGGCCGUACGAUGCUGACUCCGGCUGGCCACCGCGGUAUCCUUCUGACCGCGUGUGCCUUGCCCUUCUUGCUAGUCCGUGUCGUUUACUUCGUGCUGUUAGAGUAUGGCCCAUCCAAGUUCAACCCGGCGUAUGGUGAUGUUUCCAUCUUGGCUGGCAUGGGACUGUUGAUGGAAAUCUUCAUUGUCUCCUUGCUCAUCACGGCUCGGAUUGUGGCUGAGCCAAUUUCCGGGUCGUCUGGUAUGAAGCACAUCGCAUCUGUCGACGAGGAGCAGCCUGGAAACUGA